AUGGCCCCCAUUCUUCAAGUCCCAGUACAACACUCGAACUUCAAACUUGAUGCGUCUGGUGUAGCAGGCUUCUUCGGUGGCGAGGAGGCCAUCUCCGCCAUGUCCACUGUGCAUCUCUACAAAGGGCGCAAGUGGGUUGGUUGGUACAACAUGCCGGGGAGUUACACCAUUGGGAAGUAUUAUGGUCGUAUCGCCAGCUCACGCUGGUGGGACGGUCUAUUUCCGGGUCCGAACAACUCUCCUGCAAAGGCAUUUGGCCUGGACGGGAAGAGGGGACCAAAGUAUAUUGGCAUGUGCUCGGGUACCAAGUUGAGAGCUGCGCACCUUGCUCAGUUGUUCGUGGAAAAGUGCAAGGACAAGUGCUGGGAGGUAACCGACGUACCCGGCAGGCGCAAAACGACCCCGAACAUAGUUUCCGUUGUUGAACUCAAGCAUGAACCGACCAACAUUGUGCCCAUCGAGUCCGUUCAAUCCGCUCUCCUCGCCAUCAUCCCUAUCUUCUUUAGCUUCAUGACAUGUGUCUUGUGCACUCUCGCAGAAGAUUGGUGGGCCGCUUCCCUAAUCCUGCUCGGCAUCGUUGCGGGCGGCGUAUCCUGCUAUGUCAUCGGCUCUGGGAAACUCAUUCUCGACUAUCACAGUAGGCCCUCCGCGGGUGUGCCCCCGGGUGAUGGUUUCUUACACACCACGGAGAGCAAUGACAUGACAGUAGUACUUGGCCCUGAAAACCUCGUCAAUGUGCUUACCAAAGGGACGUUCAAAAUCAAGCUGGAUGGUGAACCGGAAUAUCGUCGCGUGGGGCUUGUCGCGUUGCUUCUCGAGACCCAGUUCUUCUUCCAACUCCUCUUCAUUCCCCAAGCGACGCUGUUCGGACAGAUCAUGUUUGUCACCUCGCUUGCCGUGUCUUGGGUGUAUACGUCCUACCUUUCCUCGAAGGAGAAAGACAAGAUACAGGCCGACCUCCUCUGGGGCGCGCUGGGCAGACCAAAAGUCCGUCGGUACAACUUAGCAACGCGCGGCGAUGCGGCGACGUUCAUUGCCCUUGUUCUCAAAGCUGAAGAUCCGGAGAAAGUGUUGGCAGAAUUCUUGAAGAACGACACCAGGGUCUGGAACAAGUGGAGGAAGACUGUCUCGGACAGGAUCAAGAGCGCGGACGGCCUCGAGUUUAGCCCUGCUGAUUGGAACAUCGGAGAGUUUAGCGAAGACGAGAGGAAAUUGUACGAACUCCAGCUAAUUUCUGCCAGGGACGGUUAUCGCGGAUAUAGACAAUAUUGCAAACACCAGGAAACGGAGAGUGAGGGAAGCACAGCCCAGUCCUCGGAGGAGAGUGUGCCGGCGAGCAUCAUGACGACAAAGGUAAGGCCGAUGUUAAUGUCAAUGUCGACGUUGGUCUCUCUGGGAAGACUAUCCCUCAAGUCAGCCGGGACGAACGUGAGGGAGAUUUGUGCAAGGCUUCUAGGGGUGUUGACCCCGCCGCGGAGACCGACCUCCACUCCCGGGCCGAGCCUUGAUAUGGGGGCGACCUCAGUUACGCCUCAGGCCUCAGGGCCAGACACGGAGACGAGGGAGUCAUCCGACUCUGUAGCAGCUUAG